AUGCGACUGAGCCCUUCCGAUCGGAACGUAUCGGAACUCACACCCGAGGGCGUAAAUUCGCGAACCGGCGCACUUCAUGUUUCGAUCUUCUGCUUCUUUUCGAGUUCGUCCUUCUUCUUCAACCAUGUCGUCGUCGCAAGAAGUGAAUCAGGUCUACAACCGAGUGCGGGCCCUUGCCCAAAGGACGCGGGAGUUGCUGCAGCGUGCAAGGACGGUGGAUCGGCUAUCGGCGGCAACGGAGUGGAGGGCGGAACUGGUGCGGUUGCGGUACAGUCGGAUUGGGAUGCACUCGCUGCAUCAAGUGCGCAGGCCAGCUUCGUGCUUGCCGCGCCGCAGCAGCUCAUGCUUCAACUCGAAACAUGGGCGUUGCAAAUCGAUGCGGAGUACGGUAGCCGCGAGGAUGCUCCGAUCGGCGAACCACUUCGAGGGCAUGAAGAUGCCAUGGCCGUUGACGAACCGAGCGUUGCUCCUCCGACAAAGCAGGUAGUGGAGGUCGUAGUUCCGAGGCUGUCCGAUGUGGUUAGGCGCACCGUCCAGGAUGCUGAGACAGGUGCUCCUAUGGGUGAACCAGACGUUCCGCCGGGUUCCGAGCUGGAGCGUGAGUUGUCCGCGUACCGAGCACACGAGCGGGAUCAAACGCCGGAUAACGAGAGGUUGGACGCGCUCCUUCGUGAGCAGCAAGGAGUGCAACCAGGCCAUCAGAAUGAUGAGGAGGACGACUCGAGCGAUGCGGAUUACAUAUAUUCGGGCAGGAGGCGUUCCGUGUCGUUCGUAUCGGACUUCCACGAGACAGACUGGGUAGCGGAGGAGGUUGAAAACGGGCAGGUCGAGUUGCGGUUCCGGAACGGUUCUCCAGUGCCAGAGUCAGUGCCAGACAGUGGCCUGACACCUUUGACGAGUCGGAGGUGCAGCAGCUGCGUCCGUCGGCACGUAGCGUGCAUUCAAGAGCACGGUGAGACGAUUGCAUGCUCGGCAUGCAAGAAGAGCAAGAUCCGUUGCUCUCUCGCAAAGACUGGUAAGGCGGCGAGGGAUGCACGGUCGAGGCGGGGGAGGACAAUAGUGACGAACCCGUACCCUGUGGCUGGGCCGUCGAGGGUGCGUCUGGAGGAUCUGGGUGAACUCUCGGAACACUCGUCGGACGACAGUGAGUUCCGAGAGGAUCUGGAGCUCGAACGCGAGCUUCGUGUCCUCGGAAGGCAGGUGGCUGCCUAUCGUGCGAUGUUGGAUACGACGAUACGGGACGUGGAGCGGCUACGGGCUAGGAUGGGCGCGAAGGCGAGGCGUCGGAAGGAUGGACGGAAGGAUGGACGGAAUUAG